UAUAAGUUAGCUUAUCAUGAGAGAAACCGCAGGAGACGAUCCGAAUCUGUAAACAUCCAACUAUUGAAUUGAAUCUCACCCCACCACUGCCUCCGCCGGCGCCACUCUCUCCUUGGCAUUAUCUACGCCUUCAUCCAGAAUCAGAUCGCGCCACGUUCUCUCUCAAACUUCUCAGUCUCGUGCAUCUUGAUUGCCUGCUACAAACCACAAACACCAAGCUGCCGCCUCUUCCUCCUUCUACUUCAUCUUUUUGGGUUUGUAUCUAAACAGAAAUCGUUCACUCUCGCCAUCGCGGUUGCCAUUUGAACCCUUGCAAUCUUCUCUAUUUAAAAAGCCUGGAUACGCCCAUUGAUUGAAUCAAGUUAGUAAAUGGCGUCAACCUUGCAGAAAAUCGAAGUGGACGAGGCCGUCCUUUUGCGCGUCACUCAUUCUAAUCUCAAAACUUUCAACCCUGAUAUUCGCUUCUCCCUUCAGCUUACAGUGGAGGCAAUGAAGGAGAAGCUGUGGAAAAAAUGUGGUACUUCCGUCAACUCAAUGCACCUUGAACUAUAUGACGAUGUUCGCAACAAAAUUGCCGAUCUCACUGAUAAUUCCAAACUGCUUGGAUUCUAUUCUCCCUUUGAUGGGUUUCGCUUGCAUGUCAUUGAUCUUGAUCCAGCAUCUGUCACAUCUGGUGGAUGGCUGGAAGAUACUUCAUUGGUGGAAAAAUUUGAAAUUUCUGAAGAAGCCUAUAAUAAGCGAGGAGCAGACACUUUCAGAAAAUAUAAGGAGAAAUUGACGUCUCAAGUUCCAUCAACCGUUGAGGCAAAAACACCAGAUACUGACAUGGAAGACCUCUGUGCUAAUAUCAAGGUAGGAUCAAGAUGUGAAGUUGAGCCUGGGGCAAAAAGGGGUGUUGUAAAAUUUGUUGGUCGGGCUGAACCACUGGGUCCUGGUUUCUGGGUUGGAGUUCAGUAUGAUGAACCCUUGGGCAAACAUGAUGGCAUGGUCAAAUGGGUACGUUACUUCCAAUGUCCUCCAUCUCAUGGGGGAAUAGUUAGGCCGGAGAAAGUGAAGGUUGGUGACUACCCUGAACGAGAUCCCUUUGAAGAGGAUGAAAUUUGAGCUGCUUUUGGGUGUGCGGGAUUUUCUCCUGUUGUAGAAUUCCAAAAUUAAUUUGGGAAACUUAUAUUUGUUAGCCUUUCAAGGUAGUCAAAGGUAGUUCUAUUGCGGUUUUCUAACUGUUUCUAUUAGUAUUACCUUUUGUAGACAGAAAACAACAAUAUAGGAAAAAAUUGUGAGUUUUUUUCAUGGGUGAAUGAGAGCUACUGCAAACAACCACCAGAACUAGUAUAAAUAGCCUUGAAUCUUGAAUUUUGUCUUUAAAUUUUGACACGUCUAUAAAAAGUAUUUAUCUUUUCAUUA